CGGAUAUCAUAGCAGGGGCCUAAUCUUACGCCGUCUGUCGUCGAGAAGAUGCUAAAAAAAAAAAAAUAAAAAUCAAAGAUAUAAAUUUUCAUAGACUCGCAUGUGACUAUUUAAACGGAUCCUAUUUUACCUGUCGUGUGGCAGUGUUCAACCUAACCUUACAGACAGACCAAUCACAUCUGUGUCAGCAAAAUGAUUCAUCUACGCGAUAUAAUGCUGCCGUUGCUGCUGCUGGGGUUGCUGGCGAUGACGUCUACAGAAGCUCAAAGCUGUGGCACUCCAACCCCAGUCAAACCGUCUUCAACAAUAUACAUUCGAAGUUUUGAUGAUAAAAACCCCAAGUGUUGCAGUUUUCUCAUAGGUUACUAUUCAAGCAAAAUUUGUUGCGAGUUCAUGAAGUUCACGAUAACAGCAGGCAAUAACACUGAUGAAGAGCGGACCCAGUCAUGCAACAUUCCAGCGUCGCCUUUUACGACGGAUCAAUUGGAACAAAGUCUAAUGAGCUGGCAAAGUACUGCAGAACUCACAUUCCAGUCGGCCCCGAUUGCUCUUCCGCCAAUAAAAUGCAAGUGUGUUCAUUUUCAAGCGAUGCAAGUGGCGAUGAUGACCUUAACUUUUCAAUUAAGUGCUAUUCCAAAAGUCGACCUGGCUGAACCUAAAGUACCGCCUGUAAUCGACUCUUCUUGAUCAUCGUCAAUGACACAUCGUUUCUUCUAUAAUUUUAACGCGCCAGCUGAUGAUAAAAACUAGUUAUGAAACUCAUACCUUGGACUCUAGUCUGAUGAAACAUAAAUAACAGUUUAUUCAGCUUCAAUAAAGUUUGCUUUCCUGCAGCCUUU